GGAGCGUAUAAGUCAGCUGUCAAAUUACUGUCAUUUGUUUAGGUCAAAAUUUAAAAUAGGCGGAGGUAUAAAACCUCGUAUUUAAGUAGAUAUCUGUUCUUUGUCCUUGUAAAUAUAACUGGAAGACGUGUAAAUUAGACGAACAUUACAGAGUUCUAUAAUAAGUAACCCAAUCGACGUGAAUAAGCGAUCAAGAUGAGCAAGCUGUGCCGUCAGGUGUCCAUCGAGUCCCCCGGGGCCACGCUGAAAGAGUGCGUGUUCAGUUUCGACGUGCCCGUGCCUGAGGUGCCCAUGUACGGCGCGCGGAUCCGCGUCGCGUACGCCGGCGCCUGCUACAGGGCGAACCGCACCCGUUCCGCCUCCGUGUGCUCGACAUCUUCCGUCUCGUCCAUCGGCAGCCUGUCGGGCGAGAUGGAGAACUUCGGGAUUCACACUUCAACGCCUGCACAUAUAGGACUACGCGACGGAGCCCUGUUUCCAGGCUACGAGGUGGCCGGAGUGGUUGACGCCAUCGGCAAAAACGCCGACACUGAAGGCAUAAAGGAAGGCGACAGGAUCGUGCUGUACCCGUACGAAGGAGUCCCCCACGGCUACGCGGACUACAUCGUCGUCCCGGACUUCAAGUGCCUGGUGCGCGUGCCGCCCGAGCUGCCGCUGAGCGUAGCCGCCAUGCUGCCCACCGGCGCGCUGCUCGCCAUGAACACCGUCAACACGGGCAGCGACUGCCUGCACAAGAUCCUUGAAGGGCCCGACCACAAGGACAUAGCCACCGUGCUCAUAGUCGGCACCGGCGGCCUCGCGCUCUGGGCGCUGCGCAUAGCCACCCACUACUUCCGCCAGUCUUGCUGGCAUGAUCGCGUCCGGAUAUCCGUCGCCACGCUCAAGGAUGAAGGUUUUCUGUAUGCCCAGGACAGUGAACAAAUAAAAGUAGUACAAUGGAACGAGGACCUAUACGAGAAACAGCUGAUCGAGCGCACCACGGACGCGUGCGGCGGCCCCGUCGACCUCGUCAUGAACUUCGGCACCACCUCGCGUUCACUACACCGCUCACUGCAGUGCCUAGCGCCGGGCGGCGUGGUCCUAGUAACGGAGGACGUGGGCGAGAAGCUCCUGCCCAAGUUCGCGAAGAAGGCCGAGGAGCUGCACGUGCACGUGGUGGUCGUGCCCAACGGCACGCUGGAGCAGCUGCGCGAGCUGGUGGGGCUGGUCGCCAAGGGGGAGAUCGCCCCUCCCCCCCACUCGGUGUUCCCGGCCGAGGAGGCGCAGGAGGUGGUCCGCAAGCUGUGCAACUCGGAGAUCAGGGGCCGCGCCAUCCUGCGGUUCCACAACGUCUAUUAAGUGACUGGCUCGCUGUACUGUACCUGGGGAUAUACAGAUGCGAUUGCCGGAAAUCCAGUGGCGUAACUAUACAUACACAGUCUGUGGCCUGUAGUACGAGCAAAAAAUUUAAGAGCGCUAUUACAUUUCGGCGUUGAGCGAGUUUAGGUAUUUUACGCGCUGCGGCAGGCCGUGCGAGCUCAGUAUGCCGAUCCCUUCUACCACACUCGCACUACAAUGAUGGAUUAAACAUUCUUGAUCCUUCGCGAAGCAUAUUGAAAUCAACCAUAACAACACUAACUGUACUUAACUUUUAAAGUUCUAAAACUGUUAUUUGGUAAGUACGAAAAUACUAAAUGCAGUGCAAAUGUACAUAGGGGCUGUUCAUAAAUU